GGCUGCGGUCCUCGGGCAGUUUCCGGUGCUGGCCUUGGGCUGGGGCAUUCGCUGUUGGCGAUAUCAGGCCAAUGCCAGUCGGUUCACUUUCAAGUGCUGAACAGCUGACUGCAGCAGCCUGACUUGGAAAUGCUACAAGGCACAGCGGCCCUGAGCUCGGCUGUGAUCUCCCUCACAGUAUAUAUAUCAGCCGCCGUGCUCAGUGUCAGCACUCACUCUGCGGCUUGUGUUGGAGUGCACUCGGUGUGUGCACGGCCACAGUGUUCUGUAUGAACACCGCUCCUUCUGUUUGCUUCUCCCAGCCAGUCACUUGGUUCUCUACUGUAUGCAACUACUCCCUCCCCUGACACUCAGUUCGCUGUUUCCCCUAAAGCAGCCGGCUUGCAGCCUUCUUCCCAGCUCCGGGUCACAUCGAGGCCGAUCGCCAGGACGGGCACGUACUAUACUAGCCCAAGACUAUGUUGUUCCUCGCUGGAUCAUCUACUGACAAGUUCCGUGUUUGAUGAGAAUGUCAGUCAGCAUGCACGAGAAUCGGAAAUCAAGAGCUAGCAAUGGCUCAAUGAAUAUUUACCUCUUCCACAAAGCUACAUAUGCUGACAGCGUUCUUACACACCUGAAUCUUCUACGACAGCAGAGACUUUUUACAGAUGUCCUCCUCCAUGCAGGAGAAAAGACCUUCCCAUGCCACAGGGCUGUGCUGGCUGCAUGUAGCCGAUAUUUUGAAGCUAUGUUCAGUGGAGGAUUACGUGAGAGCAAGGACAAUGAAGUAAACUUCCAUAAUUCAAUACACCCGGAGGUUCUGGAACUCCUCCUAGACUAUGCUUACUCAUCUCGAGUGCUUAUUAAUGAAGAAAACGCGGAGUCCCUCCUGGAGGCUGGGGAUAUGCUGCAGUUCCAGGACAUUCGUGAUGCUUGUGCUGAAUUCCUGGAGAAAAAUCUUCAUCCGACGAACUGUCUUGGCAUGCUGCUGCUCUCUGACGCCCAUCAUUGCACCAAGCUUUAUGAGCUCUCCUGGAGAAUGUGUCUCAGCAACUUUCCAACCAUCAGCAAGAGUGAAGACUUCCUGCAGCUACCAAAGGACACUUUGGUGCAACUUCUGUCUAGCGAAGAGCUGGAGACAGAAGAUGAGAAGCUUGUGUAUGAGACCACCAUAAAAUGGGUGAAAUAUGACGUGAAUAGGCGCCACUGUUGUUUGCCAGAACUGUUACAAACCGUCCGGUUGGCUCUGUUACCAGCUGUUUACUUGAUGGAGAAUGUGGCCAUGGAAGAGCUUAUAACCAGGCAGAUGAAGAGUAAAGAGUUAAUUGAAGAAGCUAUACGUUGCAAAUUAAAAAUUUUACAGAAUGAUGGAGUGGUGACAAGCCUUUGUGCCAGACCUCGUAAAACAGGUCACGCCUUGCUCUUGCUUGGAGGACAGACUUUCAUGUGUGACAAAGUUUACUUAAUAGACCAUAAGGCAAAGGAGAUCAUCCCAAAAGCAGAUAUCCCCAGCCCUCGCAAAGAGUUUAGUGCAUGUGCAAUUGGCUGCAAGGUAUAUGUGACUGGGGGACGUGGGUCAGAAAAUGGUGUCUCCAAAGAUGUCUGGGUUUACGACACUCUUCACGAAGAGUGGUCAAAAUCUGCUCCGAUGCUUGUUGCGAGGUUUGGCCACGGAUCUGCUGAGCUGAAGCAUUCUCUGUAUGUGGUUGGUGGGCACACUGCAGCCACAGGCCGGCAGCCAGCAUCCCCCUCAGUCUCUCUCAAACAAGUAGAACAGUAUGACCCAGUGACCAACAAGUGGGCAAUGGUAGCCCCUCUUCGCGAAGGGGUUAGCAAUGCAGCUGUGGUUAGUGCCAAGCUGAGGCUGUUCGCCUUUGGUGGUACUAGUGUCAGCCAUGAUAAACUGCCUAAAGUACAGUGCUAUGACCCAUGUGAAAACAGGUGGACUGUGCCAGCUACCUGCCCUCAGCCGUGGAGGUACACAGCUGCAGCUGUACUGGGCAACCAGAUUUUCAUCAUGGGUGGGGAUACUGAAUUCUCAGCAUGCUCUGCAUAUAGGUUUAACAGUGAGACCUACCAAUGGACUAAGGUUGGGGAUGUGACUGCAAAACGAAUGAGCUGCCACGCUGUAGCCUCUGGCAAUAAACUCUAUGUAGUUGGGGGCUAUUUUGGCACACAAAGAUGUAAAACUCUAGACUGCUAUGAUCCCACUUUGGACACAUGGAAUAGCAUCACUACUGUACCAUAUUCAUUAAUUCCGACAGCAUUUGUUAGUACAUGGAAGCAUCUUCCUGCAUAGAAGAACAAUUCUUCAAAAUCUCAUAGGACUCUUGAUGUGAAGAUUUUGUAUACUGUGAAGCAACACAACUCAAAUGAAGAAGAUAAAACCCUCUUCAUCUGUUUGAGCUAAAAUGAUUUAGUUUCAGCAACCAGCACCUAUUUUGAUGUGAAGAAAAGAAUUUGGUUCCACAUGCACGCAUUCUUCGUGAUGAUGAAGCGAUUUCUGAAUAAGGAUUGAUUGCCAAUAGCGAUAAAUGGAUUUCUGAAUAAGGAUUGAUUGCCAAUAGCGAUAAAUUGUGGACUCAUGGCAAUAUUAUUUGGCUCCUCCAAAAGUUAAGACUUCUCUAUUUGCUGCUGCACUGUCUUUAGUCUAAAUUGAUUCUCAACAUUUAUGUAUGAAGCGUUAAAUGAAUGUCACCUUGUGUUUGAAAGACUGGCACCAGCUGUGAGAAGUGGGUUGAUUGUGACGGGUUUGGAUGCCGGAUUAAUCACUGUCCCCCCUAGUCUUCACUAAUGGGACCAGGGAUAUGGACAAUGUUGCUGGCAGUGCCUAGGGCAGCAAUUACCCUGCUUCUGGAGCCUAUUGCUGUCAGGCAGGCAAAACUGUUCAGGCUGUGUAGAGGGAAGUCAGCUGCAAAAAUACAACUGAAUCAUUAAAGGUUAACUUUAUUAAAAGAGCGAGGAGGAAAGAAAAAUGACCCGAGGGUCAGAGAUACUGCUUUGAUAUGAAUCUGUUAUUUAUGUUUACCAUUUUUGUAGGAUAUUUAUUAUUAAUGAUGUUACUUGCACAUUGGAAUGACAAGUAUUCAUAAAGUGUAUUUUGUGUUUGAGAGUUAUUUGCACACUUACUUAGCAGGAAUAGGGCUGUAUUGGGGGCACUGGGGAGGGCUGAGCACAUGCUUGAAUAUUAUCUCCAUUCUCUGUUGCAUGAAACUGGCAAGUGCAAAGCUGCAGUGAAGGGGAGGGACAUUUUCCAAUCGGAAAUGAGAUGGGUCCAAAAGCUAAUUCUUAAAUUACACAGACACUGGACAGAAGCAGUGAGGUCACUUUCUGAGGCCUGUACCUCACCAGUUUAGAACAUGUAUCCUUGUAUCACUAAGCCUCCCAGCCUUACAGUGCUUUGAAAUAAAUACUAUUUAGAGCAUGCUAAUUAAUCUUGGAGCAUGUAAAUGUACAAAUGUGUGCAGCCUUCAUGUCAACUCAGCCCAACCCAGGCUAUUUCUUUACACAGUCCCUUAUUACACCCAAUUAUCUUGAAUCAAUGUGAGCAAAAAGGAUCACAGCUGCAAACAGUUUUUUGUUGUGGUCCAAAGUCAAUUUUUCCUGAUAGGCACAGGCUAGAUGAGAGACAGGAGGAAGUUAUAGCUUGUAAAAUUGAAAUUUUGUAGAAUUUAGUUAAGGAUUUCUGAUCAGCAUAGUUUAUGCAUGAAGGAUUAACAUGCUGUAUCACAAUAGACCAUUAUUAAUCCAUUUAAGAUAAGCAAGUCAAUGCCCGUCUAACUAUAAACUGUCACGAAAUGCAGUAUGAGCAUGUUAAUUCUUCCCACUUGCUUUCAGAAUAUCUGCCCCUUUUCUUUGUAAAGUACCGUUUUUCUGCAAUUUAAGUAUUAAAGUAAAGGAUGAGGUCUGCAUCUGAAAAUCAGAACAAAGCAUUCAGUAUCAGUUGUUAGUUUAUAAGUGGAACUAUCUAUUUGAUUGUUAUGGUGUUGUUUCAGUAAUAUUUUUUGAAGAAAAUUGUUGUGAAGAAAUAAAUCUUGAAAUGGUUGGAUGAACACUGAAAUUUGAAAACAUAAUUUACCCAGUACUAAUUAAUCAAGCUCUAAAAUGGAGCUUGUUUUAUUCACUACCCUGUCUGAGUACAUUGGAUAUAAACUAAGCAUUCAUGAUUGAUCCUAUCAGUUGAUAAAUGCACAACCCAUUUUGGAAUUGAGCCCAACAAACCAACAAGAGUUUAGAUUUCUGGAGACCUUUGGGACUGGGAUGUUUGAGAGUGGGGGUACAAAAUGAUAAAGGUCCUAAUAAACGUUUCGAAGUAACCAGUAAUAGGGUUAAGGAGUGGACCAUUGUUCAUAAUCCUGCUAGCGAUCUUUAAGCAGUGACCCCUAUUACAAGGUUUUAGUGUGAUCAUUUUGAGUGGUGGUGAUGGGGGGGGGGGUGUGGGGGUGUGGGGGCAUGACAAGCGUAGGGCCAGUAACGAUGCAUGUGCUGCAUGGUUGAAGUUUACCCGUGAAGAGUAGUUGUUUAUGGCCAGGGUCUAGUUGUAGUCAGUGAACGUUAUCAACAUGAGUUCUGGUCUUUAGCAGAGGACUGGAGAAAACCAUAUUGUGGGGAAGAAGAGAAUCGAUAAACUGAAUAAAACUAAUAAGUGAUGGAUUAAAUAGAUGUUUUGUUUGUGAAGUGGAAUGAUAAUAUAGUGGUGGGUCUCUACUGUUUUGGUGUACAUAAUUUGUCUAAAAGAGCUGGAUACUUUUAAACUCCUAUUUCCUUAUAAAUAUGCAAAACCAAAUUUUUUUCAAAUGUUGUUGGGAUAAAAAGUACAUGAAACAUUUUUUUGAAUGCUGAGCCGGGAAUAGCAAUCAUUUCUGAAAUGUUUGUUGAAGGCUGUAGGCCCUUGAAUAAUAGCAAAGAGAAGGUAACUGAAAGCAGGGUGGGCCUCAGGCUCUGCAGGGAAUGUUCUGGGCUCCCAGCUUUUGAAUUGAUGUGGAAAUUUUCCUUGCUGUUUGACUACUGGGGAUCUGCAAAAACGCCACACAGUUUGAACAAAAUGCACUCCACAGCAGAGUGCACACACAAAGUUGGCGUAAGACAAGGAGGUUCUUCCUAUUUUGUCCACUUAUCACUAUAGCAACACAUAACAAAGCACACUCUUCUAUUUCCAAUGUAAUUGUAUAAAGGCCUUUUUAUGAGAGCUGACACCUGUCUAACAGAGAGUGAUUAGAAAUGAAUAAUGUCUGUACCAACAAGAGUAGAUAUGUGUGUACAAAAUUAUGUCGGUGUAAGAUUUACUGUAAGCAUUUCCUUUUUUUACUGCUGGAAUGUAACAUUUUUGUAAACGUAAAUUUUUUUCACAAUGUGAAAUCAAAGACAUAAAAUUGUGUUGCCAUUUC